AUACCAUUGAAAGCGUCCACACGAGAUAAACAAAGAUGAGGGGUUUCUCUAAAUUACUAGAAGGAAUUGUUAAAUAUAACUUAUUUGAUAAGAAACAUACUUUAUUUCAAUUAAAAUUAUAUGGAGAAAAUCCAGAUCCUUUGUCCUUGAUGUUCAGCUGUAUGGACAGCCGGGUGGUGUCUACCAAGUUUACAAAUAGUGAUUUAGGUGACAACUACAUUGUGAAGAAUGCAGGCAAUUUUGUGCCCUAUCCAGAUGAUCUCGAACAAAUUGCCAACACGACUACUGCUGCUGGUGCCCUGGAGUUGACCUGCGUAAGACAGAAAAUCCGACACGUGGUGGUGGCAGGACAUUCAGAUUGUAAAGCAAUGCGGCUACUCUAUGAUCUCAGAAAGCAGAUGGAUGCAAAAACAGGCUCCCCAUUAGAACUCUGGAUCAAAAAGAACGGCUGGAGAACCAUAGAGAAGUUUCAAUACUUGAAAGAAGAAAAUAGCUUCACUGGCCCUGUUCCUUUUAUGCAAGAGAGUGAGAACACUAAGUUUAAAAUUACCAUAGAUCCUGGGCAGCAGUUCAACAUAGUGGACAAACUUUCACAGGUAAACUGUAUACAGCAGCUAGAAAACAUUGCUGCCUACCCUUUUCUCAAAGAGAGGCUGAGCCAAAACGACUUGCUGCUACAUGCGUUCUGGUAUGACAUUCACUCCGGCAACGUGUUUCUGCUCAGUAGAGAGCGACAGCGUUUUGUUGAGGUGAACGAGCGAAGCUACUUCGGUCUCAUGCAAGAAGUCAAAAACCGAGCUAGUGCGAAAAUACUGUCAGAAUCUUAAAAGGACAUGUUCACAGAUUUUAGUGUUUUUAGAUAAGUGCCAAUACAUGUAUUUACCAAUAAAUUUUUUAUCUUUUUAAUAAUACUAAAUAAUUAUAAAAUAAAGAACAAAUGUUAAAUAUGAAAUAUUGCCUGCUCUAGGCCUCAAUAGGAAGAUGUUUAGAAGCAAAAUCUGAUGCUCUACCAUUCGUCCAUGCAGAGUUUUAAAAUUGGUCAAGUAUUUUAAAUGCUAUGUAAGUCAUCCAUCUAUUUCUCAAAAUAUUCAUGAUUAUUUUACAAAUUUGUAUUGAUUUUUCAUAAAUGAACCAAUUAUUUUACCUAGUCAGGAGUGUUUUUUCGAUUGUUAUAGAAUGAAGUAUACAUUCAUGUUUGAAUCAAAUACAAUUUUUUUUAAAUUGUGUCAUUUCCAUACUGCUGCAAGACCAUUUAAGACACAUUUUUUUGAAUAAGAAAUGCCCGGUGAUAAAUCAUAUCAAAGUCACAUAUUAAGUACUUUUACUAAGUGUUAAUGAUGCAUUUAAGAUUUAUUACUAAAUAAUAGGAGAAAUUAAAUGAGAAUUUGGCUGAGAAAAAGCCAGCCUGACAAAGAUCAUCAAGGUGAUAACCAAUGAAUUAACAGUGUGGUUGUGACAAGAAGUGAAUAUUCUAUUGGCAAUAGUGCCAUUUAAGAUACAUACAUGAAUGUGUUAUCAGUAUGUGUCUGAAUUUAAUUUAGCAUGUUUUAGCAUUGUUCAUGUGUUGCCAGACAGAGUUAUUAUAUUUGUUUAUCUGGCCAGACCUCGAUUUAUAUAUGAAUGAAUAAUUGGUAACCGGUAUGUUUUUUCUGUUUUGAUUUGAUCUCGUAAAUGAGUGGUCUCUUUUUAGAUGAUUUUUAGACGAUAAUUAGUCAUAUUUUCAAUCGCAAAAAGUAUCUUUGUUUCCCAAAUGCUGUCCAAAAAUUCCCAAUUGAUGGUUUGACUUUCUAGAGUUGUAACCUAUAGAAAUAUAGAGUUUGAACUUUCAAGAUUCAAUAUCCAUAUACUGAGUAAGUAAUAUCUUUAUGUUCACUAUUUUCUUUUUUAUGUAAGAUGUAUGUAUUCAUUUUUCUCAAAUUUACAAUGCAAUUGAUAAUACUUUUUUAUAUUUAAAUAGUAAGAAGCAAAAAUUUUCAAAUUCACAGGUAAAGGUCAUGUUCCCAAAAUGGUGAGAAAGUCUGGGGCUGUAGCCUGGUACUCAUUAAGCUCCCAGGGGGAUCUGAAAUUAAGUUGUACUUAAGUGAAAAGUUCAGGUAAAUUUUUCUAUGCAAAAUCCAGUGUUAACUGCUUACACAAUAUUAAUGUUUUUUAUUUUAAAAUGUAAAAUUACAUGGACAUGAACUAGAAAAGAGUUCAGCAACCAUAGGAAUCUCCUUAAGUUUUCCCUUUAUGGGUGUAUAGAUAUCAAUAAAGGAAACGGCAAUGCAUCAAAUUAGUACCCUACAUUAAAGUAUUUUUUAGGAUUGUACAUUAUGCCGUAUGAAUUUGCACCCAUCCAUGGACAGAUUUUAUUUGGCAGUCGAUAUCAAUUCAAUUCUCUUUAAAUUUUCGUAUCAUAUAUGAUUGUCAAAUGUUGCAUUAUGUAGGAUUCUACAUGUGGUAUAAUUUUCUAAAUGUUCAUUUAUACGUGUUAGAAAUAGAGAGCUGUAGCUGCUAUUGUACAAAUCAAUCUGAAAUAAGCUACCUCAAUUGUUGUUGAGUUAUUGCUAAGUCUUACUUCACAUGAAGAGCAUCAGGGAUUUCAAUUAAAGCAGAAUCCUGCUUUUUGAUGCAAGCAUUUUGAAAUGUUCUCAAUUUUGAUGCAAGCAUUUUGAAAUGUUCUCAAUUUUGAUGCAAGCAUUUUGAAAUGUUCUCAAUUUUGAUGCAAGCAUUUUGAAAUGUUCUCAAUUUGAUGCAAGCAUUUUGAAAUGUUCUAAAUUUGAUGCAAGCAUUUUGAAAUGUUCUCAAUUUGAUGCAAGCAUUUUGAAAUGUUCUCAAUUUUGAUGCAAGCAUUUUGAAAUGUUCUCAAUUUGAUGCAAGCAUUUUGAAAUGUUCUCAAUUUUGACGCAAGCAUUUUGAAAUGUUCUCAAUUUGAUGCAAGCAUUUUGAAAUGUUCUCAAUUUUGACGCAAGCAUUUUGAAAUGUUCUCAAUUUGAUGCAAGCAUUUUGAAAUGUUCUCAAUUUGAUGCAAGCAUUUUGAAAUGUUCUCAAUUUUGACGCAAGCAUUUUGAAAUGUUCUCAAUUUGAUGCAAGCAUUUUGAAAUGUUCUCAAUUUUGACACAAGCAUUUUGAAAUGUUCUCAAUUUUGACGCAAGCAUUUUGAAAUGUUCUCAAUUUGGACGCAUUGAAAUCAUUGCCUAACAUGAUUUUGAUGAACAUAUUUCCAGGAAGCUAACUCCACAAAAUAUUUUAUACGAUAAACAUUUUUUGCAUAGUAAAAUUAGUAUUUCUCUAAAAUUUAUACCUUCGAAUAUUUGCAGAGCAUUUAAGAAAUAUGCAGAAAGAAGAUAUCAGUAUUUUGGCACCUGAAAAAGGCAUUUUAAGGCUGCAAACUGCGAGUAAUAUAUUCUCAGUAUUUAGGUCACAACGUACUGAUUUCCAAUCCCCAAUUAACAGUAUAUAUAAAACAUUAUAUGUAUGUUCCUUGAACAAAUGUAUUAUGAAUAUCAUUGUUACCUUUUUUGUGCAUCUGAAACAUGUUAAUCAAGUAGUGCCUGUCAAGGUGUAUUAUUCAAGGAAAACAAAUUAUUUUUCAUGUGUAUCUUAUGUCAGGCUUGGGUCAAUAUUCAAAGAAGGUUCGUAGAAAAUGUAAGUAAAGUAAAUCAUGUUGUAAU